CUAAUGUUGGGAAGGAAUCCAGAAGUUUCUGCGCUUUUGGUAAGCGACCGACUCAUCUCACCGUAACUUCUCGAAAUCACUCGAAGACCAACAUUCCAUCCCCCAUUCCAAUAUAGAUUCUCCUCCGAGCAAUUCAGCUGCAGCGAGUGUUUUGCAUCAUAUCGGUUAACGUCCUCUUUGGUUUCUGCUUCGUCCAGACAAAUUCACAAGCAAUAGUGCAAUGGCUGAAGACGGCGCCGUCACGGUCUACAACAGCAGCGCCAUCACUGACUCCAAGAAGAACCCAUUUUCGCUCAAAGCUGGACUAACUCAGAUGCUGCGCGGCGGGGCCAUUCUCGAAGUCACAAACGCCGAUCAAGCCAAGAUCGCCGAAGAAGCCGGCGCUUGCUGUCUUAUUGUAUCGGAGCCUCUCCACCGAGGUAUUUCCCGCAUGCCCGACCCGUCCCUGAUCAAGGAAAUCAAACGCUCCGUCUCGAUCCCUGUAAUGGCCAGAGUCCGUGUCGGUCAUUUCGUCGAAGCCCAGAUCCUCGAAUCCAUUGGGGUCGAUUACAUCGACGAGAGCGAAGCUCUUGCUCUUGCAGACGAGGAAAACUUCAUUAACAAGCAUAACUUUCGCUGCCCAUUUGUUUGUGGGUGUCAGAAUCUUGGGGAAGUGUUAAGGAGAAUAAGAGAAGGGGCAGCGAUGAUUAGGACUCAAGGGGAUUUAUCAGGAUCUGGAAAUAUUGCAAAGACUGUGAAGAACUUGAGAACAAUAAUGGGUGAGGUAAGGAUUUUGAAUAACAUGGAUGAAGAUGAAGUAUUCGCCUUUUCGAAGAAGAUAGCGGCGCCGUAUGAUCUCGUGGCGCAAACCAAGCAAAUGGGCAGGCUGCCAGUGGUGCAAUUUGCGGCCGGAGGAAUCGUGACUCCAGCGGAUGCGGCGUUCAUGAUGCAAUUGGGCUGCGACGGCGUGUUCGUAGGGUCGGAGAUUUUCGAGCAUUCGGACCCUUAUAAGCGUGUCAGAGGUAUAAUCCAAGCUGUUAGGCACUAUAAUGAUCCACAUGUGCUGGUGGAGACUAGCUGCGGGUUGGAGGAUUGCAUGGCUGGUCUGAAUCUCGGCGAGGACAGGAUCGAACAGUUUGCAAAUGAAGGUGCUUAAUGGUUCAAGAAUCACUGGAAGUCUGGAAUGUCUGUCUCGUAUCUGU